GCACCAUUCUAAAGAAUGGCCAGCAGGCGCGUUUACUCUGAAGAUGACCUUUCCUGUCCAAUUUGUGGACACAUUCUUAGUCAGCCCGUUGUCCUCACUUGCAGACACAGGUUCUGCAAAGACUGUCUGCAAGAGUGUUGGGACACGCAGGGCGGUGAGGACACAGAUUUAAAGUGCUGCCCUCUGUGCUGGCGUCAUUCCUCCAUGGAUCGGAUAGCGGUGAGCAAUGUGCUGGAGAAGGCCUGUAAAUCCUUUAAAGAAGACAGAAGCAGGAAUGACUCAGAAGCUUGCGGAGAGCAUGGAGAAAAGCUCACGCUCUUCUGUGUGGAGGAUUUAGAACCAAUCUGUCAUGUUUGUGGAAAAUCAGCUGCACACAAGGGGCACAAACUCUAUCCUAUCGGGGAAGGCACUCAUGACUGUAAGGAAGAACUGAAGAGUGCACUCCUGCCCUUGAAAGACAAGUUACAGCUUCACAGGAAAGCAAAAACGGUGUGUGAGGAAAUGGCAGAACACAUCAAGAGCCAAGCAGAACAUGCUGAAAAACAAAUUAAGGAUGAGUUUGAAGCCCUGCACCGUUUUCUGGAGGAGCAGGAAGCUGCAAGAGUUUCUGCUUUAAAGGCUGAAGAGGAACAGAAGAACCUCAUGAUCAACCAAAGAAUUGAUGAGCUGAGCUGUGAAAUAACAUCUCUAUCCAAUACUAUUAAAUUAGUGGAACAGGAAAUGAAGAGUCAUGACAUCCAGUUCCUUAAGAAUUACAAGGAAACCAUAAAGAGGACCUGGAAAAGUUGUGAUGAGCCCAAGCUGCUGUCUGGUGCUCUGAUUGAUGUUGCCAAACACUUGGGCUCUUUGAAAUAUAAAGUGUGGGAAAAAAUGAAGAAGAUUGUAAAAUACACUUCAGUGAUUCUGGAUCCCAACACAGCUGCCAACUGCUUCAUUCUCUCAGAGGAUCUCACCACUAUACAGAAUUCUACUCAAAUAUUCAAGCUGCCCGACAACCCAGAGCGUUUUGACAUCAGCGCUGAGACGCUGGCAGCCGAGGGCUACUCCUCUGGACGCCAUAGGUGGGACGUGGAGGUGAAUGACAACACAUACUGGGUUUUAGGAGUUGCCAGUGAGUCCAUUAACAGGAAGGGUAAACAUGUGUUGACGCCAGCAGAGGGAUUUUGGACGAUCAGGUUUCGCAAUGGAGAGCACAAAGCCUGCACAGCUCCGUGGGAGCCUCUUAAUAUGACAAAAAAACCUGCUGUGGUAAGAGUGGUAUUGGACAUGGACCGAGGGAAGGUAGCGUUUCAGGAUCCCAGAGAGAGAAGCACUCUCUACACUUUCACAAACAUCAUCUCACCCAAAGUCUUUCCUUACUUCUGCACAGCCUGCAAAGAGCAUCCACUGAAAAUCCUACCAGCAAGUAUUUCCUUAUCUACCGAAUACUGAAACGUUUGCUCAAAUGUUAGCGCCACACAUUAACUUACUUGUUUGAAGAAUGGAAAUAUUUUAGUUAUAAUUAGUAUUUUCAUUAUUUAAAGUAAAACUUGCCUGUACAAAUACCACAACAUUCAAUUGAACAUCUGGGUUUUUAAUGAAUAACAUAAAAGAAAUGCAUUUUGAGAAAUUUAAUUUAAGUUACAGCAGAAGUGUAUUCUAGGUCUCCAAUUACAAAUCACAAUCAUGAACAUCUAUAUUACACUACACUGAUAAGAACUGUUACACAAAAAAUUAUAGUGUUUCUCAGCUCCGCAUAACACAAAGUCAUUCUGUCAUAUCCACAUUCAUUUGGCUCCUUUCUCUAAAAAUCAUUUAGAAUAGGAAAUGCAAGUUUCAUUGAAGGCACAUUCAGUAAUAAUGUUUCUUUGCAAACCCACACCAGUGUUCCUUAAAGUUUCAACUUGACAAGUGGGAUUAGUUUUCCAUUGCAUUAAAAAAGGAAGAUCCUAUGGGGUUAAUAUUUGAACUAGCAGCUUUUCCAACUGCAUGUUGAAGUCUCUUAGCUUCAAUCAAGCACACAGUGGUAAUAGAAAAUGACCUAUACAGCAUCAAAUGUGCAGCAAAACAUGGGUACAGUACCAUGUAACAGUGUUUGUCUUGAUACUACCCUUUCUGUCCUGACAUGACCUGUUUCCGACUGAUUACGGGUGAUUUCUUCUUAGUGAUGCUUGAAGGCUCUAUGAGGUGUUCACUUGAUUUUAAAAUAAAAUAUCCUAUCAAAAGGGCUGCUCCCA